AAGAAUCAGGGUAAUUAACAACUUCUGCUCGGUAAUAAACCGGAGACAUAACAGUAUACCUCUGCCUCCAACACACAUUCCUACUUCCAAGUCCUCCGCUCUAUUUCUCUCAUCCUAAUCGUUCACUUUAAUUAGGAUUUGGACUAUUUACUUAAAUGCUGUUAGAGUUACAUUACACAUAUUUACAAAGGAGAUUUGUAUGAUGCAAAAAUAAUGCAUUUUAUUUGUUUCAACGUAUUUUCACUGCAGUAUGUUCAACCUUUUGGGAAUUAUUUUUGCUACAUUUGUCUAUCAAACCGCAUUAGGCAACAUUUGGGAAAGUAUAACGUAUCCAUUUUUUGCUUUUGCUUAAUCAAACAGUUUGAUAUCCUACCAUUAUCUUUAUGGACGAAUAUUAUUUGCAUGUUUAAUUCCAGCACAUUUGCUCUGUUUUUGCCUCACCUAAAUGAAACACAAUCUAUGUAAUCUAUUAGCACACUGCAGCUAAACUCUGCACGUCAUUGUGAGUCUGGAGAGAUCUUUUGUUUCAUGCUGAGGUGUCUCUGUCUCUGACGCGAUGAAAGUUGCACUCCGUUUCAGAAAGGUCUAAACCAAAUGAUACAGUGCUGUAGUUAUUUUUACUGCCAUGUGUAUUAUUGUUUAUACUUAUGCCUCUUUUUACAUUUUAAAGUCUAACAAUCACAACCAAGUGGAAUACAAGAACCGUUACAUUUGUGUUUUAAAUGAAAGUAUUUCCACGUUAAUCUAUUUCCAAUUUCAGCCGGCUCCUGCUUGAGGUGUUUAUUUAGGGAUCACAGAGGGAUCCACAAAGUGGGAGCAGUAGAUAAGUGAGGAACUAGGAAUUUACAUGAGAAACAGGUUCCCAGCCUGGAUUUAAACUCUUAACAUUGUAAUGGAGAACAGACUUACAGAAUGAGAUUAAGCCUCAAUCUGCAUUUAAUGGAGCACAUCUGAAGCGGCCUCUACUUGAACUCUUGCAAUGUGAGAACGUCCCACAGGGCGGCCUAUUUGACAUGUCACCCACUGGUGAGAACUCUGAGGCUUUGAUUGACUUUUAUCAAUUAGCUUUGUGAGGGAAAGCACUGGUACUGUCUUCACAGCGUGAGUGAGGCUCACGCCUGCCGGGACGGGGAGCUGCCUGCCGCCGGAUUAGCAAACAAAAAGUUUGUGUCAUCUGGAGAAAACUGCAAGUCAAACAAUGAGCUGAAUGGCCUCCAAACUGCGUGUUCAAACCGCGGUACGAAAAAUAAAAAUGUAUCAUUUUAUGAGCACCUUAAUCACAUCACUACAGAAGAAUUAUACACAUUGUCUCCAGAUGGAAAUUGUAGAACAUCAAAUUUCACUUUAUCAAAAGUGUAUGUGCGGUGGAUGAUUAGCAGAUAGAAAUUGAUAGAAUUGAUAGAAAAAUAACAGCAAUUUCUCCAAUGCAUUAAGUCAUUCAAGUUGUGUAAUGACAACAAAGACAUCUGCUUCCCUGUAGGUAUUAAUUCAUUAUUUUAUAACUUGCCUCUUGUUUGACUUGAGAUCACAUAGUUUGGCCACAUUUCGGAAGACAAAACCGCAUCACUGAUUUGCCAAGAAUAAAAAAUAAACAUAUGUAUUUACAAUCUUCACUUGAAUUCCCACAGUUGAAGCAGUAUGCAAAUACUCCCCAAGUGAAAUGUAUUCUGACUAAGCCGGCUAUAUUCAUCUCACAUCUUUCAACAGACUAAGCAUUUUGCUCUUGUUCGAAAUGUGCUCCUAAAAUAAGAAGUUGAAAUUUGCUGAGACACUAAUUGUAAACACUUUGGGGGUUUAUUUGAAACUUAAAGAAAGGAAAUGACACGAGACGUCCAAAGAUCCAAUUAAAACCUCUCAGAUGCAGAUAGUACAGGAAACAUUUUAUUUCAGAACAAUCGGGGGAGGAGCCGGUUCCUGGGGUCAGCAUUUGGUUGAAAUUGAGCGAAAUUACGAGUAGCCCACCCCUUCACCUAACAACACCCACCUCCUCCUCCCCCCCCUCCUCCACCUCCCCCCGUACACCUCCUCUCUAUUGACUCUCCUGCAUCAUAUUGGAGACCCCGUUGAGAGGAUCUUUUCUCUCUAUAAAGAGAAGAUGCAGCUCAGGCGCCUUUGAGAUGAUCACACGGACUUACUGCGCGUCACUCCGCAUCCAACUUUAGACCCGGCAACGUGCGCCGCUCCAACGACCACCGGCACAGUUUACCUAGUGGGACUGAGGGACAACUUGAAUGAACGCGGGAUAUCCCAGCGUGUCAAAGUGUCCCAGUCAUCUGAGAACCGAAUGUGAGCAUCUUCUUUUUUUGUUUGGUUUCUGCGCUGCGAGCGGCAGUUGAGACUCGCGCGCGUCGUCGCCUCUCGGCGCAGUUGGUGUUGCAGGUGCGCGGAGGAGGAAGCCCGAGGACAGAUGGCUGCGCUGGCGAUACAAAGGACUGACAACUUUUUGCACACCUUUUUACAGGACCGGACGCCCAGCUCGUCUCCAGAGGGAGCCCCCAACGCCCUCUCAUUCCUGGCCACCACCUGUAGCCAGGCCUGGCAGGUCGGAGGCACUAUGGGAUCAGAAGGCUCCCAGUUCCCCUACGAAAGCACCGUCAGCUCCACCUCGGGAAUGUUUCAGCUCUGGAGCAACGACAUGGCGCCCAGCACAGCGCUCAGCACGCACCAGAUGACUUUCACCGUGCCCAAGGUGCAGUUCCCGGGACACAUGCAGCCCGGCCUGGGUCACCAUCACCAUCAUCACCCCCAUCAUCACCACCACCACCACGAGCUGCCUCUCACCCCUCCGGCUGAACCUCCCUCUUCCUACUCCUUCGAACUGUCCCCCGUCAAAGUGCUGUCUUCGCAGCCGCAGGCCACCGGCCCCUAUUACCCGCAGCACAACGGCUUGGGACAAAAUUUCCCCAGCUUCAUCCAGAACUCCUCGGCCAGGCACCACCUUACGGAAGGACACGUGGACGAAGGGCAGCAGUUGUAGAGCCUGCCGCUGACCAACGCCCCCCCCACCAACCAUCCCUUCUCCCUGGGCAGGCAGCUGGUUUUGGGCCACCAGCCGCAGAUAGCUGCUCUGCAGGGCACCUCGAAGGGCCUGCUGAGCUCCACGCGCCGCUGCCGCCGCUGCAAAUGCCCCAACUGCCAGGCCAAUGGUGGGGGGUUAGAGUUCGGGAAGAAGAGACUGCACAUCUGCCACAUCCCAGAGUGUGGCAAAGUGUACAAGAAGACCUCUCACCUCAAGGCACAUCUGCGCUGGCAUGCCGGCGAGAGGCCCUUCAUCUGCAACUGGCUCUUUUGCGGCAAAAGCUUCACCCGUUCAGACGAGCUACAGCGGCACCUGCGCACACACACCGGAGAGAAGCGCUUCGGGUGCCAGCAGUGCGGCAAGAGGUUCAUGAGGAGUGACCACCUCUCCAAGCACGUCAAGACCCACCAGACCAGGAAGAGCCGGUCUGGGCUGCCUUCACAGAGCACGGACCCUCUGCUCACCAACAUCAAGAGGGAGUAAUCUCUGCCGGCCAUCAUUCGGAAGAUAAAAUCAACAAUGAACAGACUUUGUGACUUACACUUACUGCCAUAUGUUCGCACUGGAGGGCGAGCGGCAAGCUGCCCGAUAAUCUCGCCAAAGCCCCAGUUUUGACGUCAAGUAUGAUACAAAUAUAUUUAAAGACGAUUUUUGAUCAAAGUAACCGAGUGCUGAUUGAAGCAGCUGUAAAGAAUACUUGAAGCCUUUUUUAGUGAUAUUGUGAGAGUUUUGCUUAGUGUACCGCUACACAAACCGAUAUCCCUGAAACACCACAAAAUUUGAUGCCUUUAACAAUUUCAGAUUGGUUUGAAUUUCAACAAUGUGAAAAAUCUUUUUAGGAUUCAUUUUGUAAAUAUUUUGAGAAGGAUGUGACGGAAAUGAGAGAAAUCCCUUAAAGCUU